UUUCAUUAACUAAUUAAAUCCACAAAUCUAAAACCCACCGUUUCUUUUCUUCCCAAAAUUUAAUUAAAUAUUUUUAUAAUUAACCGAUAAUAAUAAUAAGAAGAAAAACCGAAGAACGUGAAGCCAAGAACUCAUUCAAAUAUUAAUUAUUAAUUAUAACAGCGAUUAAUUAUUACUCAUUCAGCAUUAUCGUUACGUGUCGAAGCUUCAUAACUCUCAUAACAGAACCUUAUUAGACUCUCUCUGACUUCGCCUUCAACACAAGCUAGCAAAAAAUGGCCGGCGAGUUCGCCGGAGAUAACACACCGGAGCUUUUGUGUUUGGUUCAUGACAUCACCGGAAUGUGUGCCGGAGGUGGAGGUGAUUCUUUUUCACUCACCGCCGAUGUGAUGUUCAGAAAAGACUGUACCGAUCUGGUUCGACGGAUCUCUCUUCUUACUUAUUUGUUCGAGGAAAUUAGGGAGUUGAAUAAGGUGAAUUGUUCUGCUUCAAGCUCUUCAGGUACUGUUUCUGAUUCGGAGGAUUCGUGGUCCUCUGAUCUAGUGGUUGUUCUUCAAUCUGCUAAACGAUUGUUAUCUGUAGCGAAGAAUUUCAGCUCCAAUUCAUCUUCUGAUGAAGCUGCAAAGACGAUUAUCUUCCAAUUUCAGUGUGUGACGUGGAAAUUGGAAAAACUAUUAAGCAGUUUACCAUAUGAUGAUUUGGACAUCUCAGAGGAAGUCAAAGAACAGGUGGAUUUGGUGAGAUCACAGUUGAGACGAGCCACGGAUAAAUAUGGGUUUAUGAUUUCUAAAAUGCCGUGUGACGACUUAUCCAAGCCCUUGGCUCAAGAAAUCAAUCAAGUAUUUGGCAAAUCUAUGAGUGGAUUGUAUAAACAAAACAGUUGUCCUGAAUAUCUAUCAGAACUAGGUAGCAUUCCUAAAAGCAAUGAAGGGAAAAGCUGCAGCACGUACGGGGCAGGAUCUCGGUUGGAAAGAACAAGGAGCAUCCAUGCCUCUUAUGAGGUUUCAUUAUCGACUAUAACUGCUCCUGAAAGUCAGGAAAUUUCUGGGAGCAAGAAUCUGCCUGAAGUUAAAAAGCCUGAAGCAAUUGUAAUUCCUGAAGAUUUUCUUUGCCCUAUUUCAUUGGAACUAAUGAGGGAUCCUGUUAUCGUGGCUACUGGUCAGACAUACGAGAGAUCUUAUAUACAGAGAUGGAUUGAUUGUGGAAAUACAACGUGCCCAAAAACUCAGCAGAAGCUCCAACAUUUGACCCUUACACCAAAUUAUGUUCUAAGGAGCCUUGUUUCUCAGUGGUGUAUAGAUCACAACAUUGAGCAACCAACGGGACUAACGAAUGGAAAAAUAAAAAAGAGUGAUGGAUCGUUCAGAGAUGUUACAGGUGACAUAGCAGCAAUUGAAGCUCUGGUCCGGAAGCUCUCCUGCAGGUCCACUGAGGAGUGUAGAGCAGCUGUUGCUGAAAUUCGAUCACUAUCCAAAAGAAGCACUGACAAUAGGAUACUAAUUGCUGAAGUUGGAGCAAUUCCAAUUCUAGUCAACCUUUUAACUUCAGAAGAUGUUAUGACACAAGAAAACGCGGUUACAUCAAUUCUCAACCUCUCUAUAUAUGAAAACAACAAAGGACUUAUAAUGCUUGCUGGUGCAAUUCCAUCCAUUGUCCAAGUCCUCCGCGCUGGAACCAUGGAAGCAAGAGAAAACGCGGCAGCAACUCUUUUUAGCUUGUCACUUGCGGACGAGAACAAAAUAAUAAUUGGAGCCUCCGGAGCUAUAUCAGCUUUGGUAGAAUUGCUUCAAAACGGAAGCCCUCGAGGGAAGAAAGAUGCAGCAACAGCGUUGUUCAAUUUAUGCAUAUAUCAAGGGAACAAGGGCAGAGCCAUAAGGGCAGGAAUCAUCACAGCACUGUUGAAGAUGCUCACAGAUUCAAGCAAAUCAAUGGUUGACGAAGCUCUUACAAUAAUGUCAGUUCUUGCCAGCCACCAAGAGGCAAAGGUUUCCAUAGUAAAAGCCAGCACUAUACCAGUUUUAAUCGAUCUUUUGAGAACCGGAUUGCCUCGCAACAAAGAGAAUGCAGCUGCCAUUUUACUUGCUCUGUGCAAGAGGGAUACUGAUAAUCUUUCCUGUAUCAGUAGACUUGGUGCUGUUAUACCACUUUCUGAACUUGCUCGAACCGGUACAGAGAGAGCCAAACGGAAGGCUACUUCAUUACUGGAGCAUCUUCGUAAGUUACAACAGCUUUGAAUGGUACAGUCCUGCAAAGAACCAGAACCUUACAAAUUUAUAUAUUUCUCUGAUUAUUUGACAUAAUUUUUCACAUUGGUUUGCAACUGAUGAAAUCAAUUGAGGAUGAAAUAAGAAAAUCAGCCUCGUUGGUCCAGUUUAUUCUUUCCUUCUUUCCCUGUGUUGUACUUUUUCAACCUCUGCUCAGCGUGUAAAGAAAUCAAAUUAAUAUAUAUUGUUUCUCCAAGAAAUUUUCACACA